AUGGCGGAGGAGCAGCAGGGCGGCGGGUGGAUGAUGGAGUGCUGGGGCGCGGUGACGGAGCUGCGGUCGUGCACCAGCGAGAUCGUGCUCUUCUUCCUCAACGGCGAGUCCUACCUGGGCCGCGACUGCUGCAUCGCCAUCCGCACCGUCACGCUCCACUGCUGGCCCUCCAUGCUCGCCUCCAUAGGCUUGACCGCCCAGGAGGCCGACAUCCUCCGCGGCUUCUGCGACGCUGAGAUCCCACACGCUCCUCCCCCGCCGGCGCCGGCCGCCGUGCCGGCGCCUGCUGCGCAGCCAUGA